UGGUUUGGUGAAGAACUUUUCCAACAAUUGCUCUCAAAAUGGCGCGCCUAACGAAUAUUUUCCUAUUUCAAGUGGUCCUCAUAGUCUGCGUUAUCGCCAUACAGGCAGAGAAAGUCAUGCGCCCAAAAUUCAAGGAUGUUAAAAUUUGGAGUGACAGCGCUUAUGUCACACGUAGUGUCACCUUUGAUGCCAAUGAUCCGCAUAUAAAUUACACCAUUAAUGUGUUGAAAGAAAUACAUGAUCUAGAUCUGCAUAUUGAAGCUUCGGUAACACAGAAAUUGGACUCAACUUACUUUUUUUCAGCAAACUCAACAGUUAAUCUUUGUCGCAUACUAAAUUGGAAAGCUCAAUCCCCGAUCGGUAAUUUGAUUCAUGCUUAUCUUAAGGAAUACGGAAAUCUUGUAGAAUCUUGUCCAAUUCCAAAGGGCACCUAUUUCAUACACAAGUUCUGGUUACCUGAAGAUCCAUCCCUUGCCGUACUACCAGAGGUUGACUUUGAGUUGAACAUCUCCGCACACAUGUUGGAUGCUAACAAGAAACGAACUUUGAUUGCAAAUGAUCACAUCACUGGAGAAGCAGUUGUUCAGGAUGUAACCAACGUAAAGCGUGGUAUUUUAGCCAUGUUACCACAAGCUGGCUAAGUUGCUUAUAAGAUCUGAAUAAAGUCUCCUUGUUGUGAUUCUUAAAUGUUUUAUGAAAUG